CCUGUGAAAAACCAUUAUCAGAAUAUUACGGCAUUUCUCAAAUUAAAUGGGAUAGAGACGGCCGUGGUCCUGGUUUAAAUAUUAGUGAAGAUGGUUAUACAAUUAGUGCGCCUCUAAAUAUAACUAAGCAUCAAAAUGUAAGAACAAAUUGUCUCAUGCGUAAUGGAACUCAUGAAUUUCAUGUUCUAAUCGAAAAAAGUUGUGGUUGCGCUUGGGUGGGCAUCUGUGACGAAGGUCUCGAUUUUUCUAAUUUUGCAGGAUUUCAACUACAUGGAUGGGUUUUGGGCUCGGGUGGGUUCUACUACCAUAAUAGUCAAUCUACGAAUGUUCCAGGCUUCAUACAGGAUAAUGUGAAAAUUACUGUGCACCUAAACAUGGAUAGUAAGACGGUCACAUUUUCAGUUAACGGUGUGAGAUAUCCACCAGUUCCAUCAUGGACUAAUCUCCCAUCAAACCUUUAUUUUGUCGCCUCACUCUGCUAUCCAGGAAGAUUUAGGAUUUUAGCAUCAGAGGAUUAA